AUGAAGACGAAGACUGUCGGAAGGACCGCCCCGAGAUCAGCUCCUUUUGGAGAUGAUUUCCGGACUAGCAAAAAGGACAAGCGUCAGAUCAAGCGCGCCGGGUUGAUGUCCAAAAUCACCAAGAAUGCGACUACCACCACCAAGAAGCGUCGUGCCUCCAAAAAAUUGGUCGCCAACCUCGAGUCCCUAGCGGAUGCCUUACCCGAAGCUGCAGAGGAGUCUCACGAUGCGGCAAGCCAGGUCAAUGUGAUCAAACAAAACACCCUCCGUCACAAGCCUGGUGCUGUGAAGCGCCGGGAGAAAAUCGAGAAGGUCGAACGGGAUCGAUUCGCGAAGAACAUGGCCCAGAUGUCAGGUCUGCAGGCUACAGUACCAAGUGCUGGCGAGGAAACCACAACCGCCAACCCCACGGCCAAUAGGUGGUCUGCGCUGCGGAGUUUCAUCUCUCAGACAAUGGAACAACAGCCCGUUUUCAAGACGAACAAAUGA